CCUCUCCACACCAAAAGACGCCGCCCAACUCGCGAAGGCGGAAAAGGAAAAAAAGAGAGAAAAAAAAAGGAAGAAAAAAAAAUAAAACUCGCGCACAGCAACCGAAUCAUCUGCCUCCUCCUCAAGUAGUCUAGUCCUCCUCUCUUCUCCGGAGUCUGCGUGCGAUCGAAGCAGAGGCGCGGCGCUCCUCCUCCUCCUCCGGCUCCGAUCCCCAUGGCGUUCAUGCGUUCCCACUCCAAUGCAUCCUCCGGUAUGGGGGUUGCUCCUGACAUCAGGGACACAUUCCUUGAGCUUCAGAUGAAGAAAGCAUUUCGCUAUGUUAUCUUCAAAAUCGAGGAAAAGCAAAAGCAAGUUGUUGUGGAGAAGACCGGGGCAACAACUGAGAGUUAUGAUGAUUUCCUGGCAUCUCUCCCAGAAAAUGACUGCAGAUAUGCCCUCUAUGAUUUUGACUUUGUUACUGGGGAGAAUGUGCAAAAGAGCAAGAUUUUCUUCAUCGCCUGGUCUCCAUCAACAUCCCGGAUCCGUGCUAAGAUGCUGUACUCCACCUCCAAGGAUCGCAUCAAGCAAGAACUUGAUGGAUUCCACUACGAGAUCCAGGCAACCGACCCAACUGAGGUAGACCUUGAGGUCCUCCGGGAGCGGGCUCAUUAAGGCCCUGGCCCUGAUGAUCGAUCACCUGCGAAUCUCAAGUCAAGACGCAAAUUCAUCCUAUCAGUGAUGCUCCCUUGCGAUACUAUUGUUAAUAAGAAAGAUAUCCAUGUUUCCUGUAAAACGUAUCCCCACCAUCAUCAUCAUCAUCAUCGUUUAGCCUUGCCUGCAUGAUUCUAGCUGCAGAUGGAGUGUUGUCGGAGAUUUACCCGUAUGAGGUCUCAGAGCCUGUAAAACGUAUGAAACACCCUCUCCCAAACUCUUAUAUUGUGGUAUUAAUAUGGAUUACUGGGUGUGGAUUGUCCUACAUGUUUUUUGUCGCUUUGCCU